UUUCAUAGAUUUGAAACAUGGCGUCGGAAGGAGAAGCGGGCAGUGCUUCUGUUGUUGAACCAGAUACUGGAGACUGUGAUGCUGGAUUUGGGGACCUGACGGGCAACAUGGACACUGAGUCAUCAAAUGGCAAAGAGGCCAUGGACACGGGUGGUGAGGGUUUGGAGGCGGCUGACACCCAGACAGGUUCUGGGGACGAGGAAAGCGGCAGGCACCAGGGAGAGGUGGAGCUGCAGUGUGCUCUCUGUAUGAAGUGGUUCACGGCCGACACCUUCAGCAUUGACACCGCGACUUGUUUGCCUUUCAUGACCAACUAUGUGUUCCAUUGUAACGUGUGUCAUCACAGCGGCAACACCUACUUCCUCAGGAAACAAGCCAACCUGAAGGAGAUGUGUCUGACUGCCCUGGCUAACCUCACAUGGAGGUCCAGGACUCAGGAAGAGCACCCCAAGACAAUGUUCUCCAAAGACAAGGACAUCAUCCCGUUCAUUGAUAAGUACUGGGAGUGUAUGACCACCCGACAGAGACCUGGAAAGCUCACCUGGCCCAACAACAUAGUCAAAACCAUGAGUAAAGAGCGGGAUGUGUUCCUGGUGAAGGAGCACCCAGACCCAGGCAGUAAGGACCCAGAAGAGGACUACCCCAAGUUUGGCCUGCUGGACCAGGAUCUGGGCAACAUUGGACCAUCUUACGACAACCAGAAACAGACCACCGCUGCUCCCACUCCUGGAGGGCUCAACGGUGGACCUUGUUUCUCAGGUGGUCUGGCCCCCGGCCCAGGGAAAGGUAGAGGAGCCAAGCGUAAGCACCAGCAACAGGAGGGAGCCACAGCCGGAUCAGCCAAGAGAACACGCAGUGACCCUCUGUUUUCGGCCCAGCGUCUACCCCCCCAUGGUUACCCCCUGGAGCACCCCUUUAACAAAGAUGGCUACCGCUACAUCCUAGCAGAGCCGGACCCCCAUGCCCCCGACCCAGAGAAACUAGAGCUGGACUGCUGGGCUGGGAAACCCAUCCCCGGAGACCUCUACAGAGCCUGUCUCUACGAGAGAGUACUGCUAGCCCUGCACGACAGAGCCCCCCAGCUGAAGAUCUCAGAUGACCGUCUGACAGUGACGGGGGAGAAGGGUUACAGCAUGGUCAGAGCCUCCCACGGUGUCAGGACAGGAUCCUGGUACUUUGAGGUCUCCAUCGAUGAGAUGCCCGCCGAUACCGCAGCCCGACUGGGCUGGUCUCAGCCUCUAGGUAACCUGCAGGCCCCUCUGGGAUAUGAUAAGUUCAGCUACUCGUGGCGCAGUAAGAAAGGGACACGCUUCCACCAGUCUGUGGGGAAACACUACUCCUCAGGCUAUGGACAGGGAGACACUCUGGGCUUCUUCGUAGAACUACCGGACGGCACUGAGACAGCCAAGGCACUGCCUGACACGUACAAAGACAAGGCGCUGAUUAAGUUUAAGAGCUACCUGUACUUUGAGGAGAAGGACUAUGUGGACAAGGCAGAGAAGAGCCUGAAGACUGUUACCCCCAGCAGGAUGCUGUUCUAUAAGAAUGGGGUGAACCAGGGUCAGGCCUAUGAGAACCUGUUUGAGGGGCUUUACUUCCCUGCCAUCUCUCUCUACAGGGGCUGCACGGUGUCCGUUAACUUUGGACCACAUUUCAAACACCCUCCAAAGGACCUCAAGUACCAGCCAAUGAGUGACAUGGGUUGGGGAGCGGUGAUCGAACACACGUUGGCUGACAUGCUGUACCACGUAGAGACAGACGUGGACGGACGGCGUAGCCCGCCCUGGGAAGGAUGAACACGCGCACACCAGAGCUCAACACACAGACGGCCAGUUGAGUGUUCGGACAAAGGCACGGAGGAGUCCAUUCCGGCAGAUAUAGGUGGGUUGAUGUCGACCUGAACACCGACACACUGUACUCUCUUUGUACUCUCUCACUGUACUCUCUAAACAUUACCUUCAUUGGUAACUUUUGAAUAAAUCCUAAUGGAAAAGAUGUGUGUGUGAUCUAAAAUAGGGAGACUUUGAUGUCAGUUGACAGUGAUUUUUACGUGUGUCUGAACAUAACACUCUUAGCUUAUGAAGCACUUCCAAGUGUUUCAGCAUUGUAAAUUCAUGUACUAGUAUGCAAAAACAGUUAAAGGGAAGUGUAAAAAAAAAAAAAACUUCAUAUUCAUCAUCUCCAGCAUCACCCCAACGUCAACAUAUGUGAAAAUGGCGCG